AUGCAAGGGCAGCCUGGCCUAGCAGACCACAUCGACCACGAACGCUGUGCUGCAUUACACAACGAAAUCCUCCACCGAGGAUGGUUUGGAAGUGGAAAAUCACCCAAGAAAUUCCGAACUUGGUGGGAAGUGCAUCAACCACCAAAGGAAUUCGAAAAUCGAUUUGAUCCCUACCUGGUGAAAUUCCUGAAACGAGCCCUUGAAAGUGAAGAUCGCAGUCACUUCCUCUUCUACUGGGUUUCUAAUCUAGCACGCCCGGAAUGGAUGCUUGAUGAGACUUACCCUUGGGAGGAUGCGUUGGUUCUUCUCUAUAUGAUACCUCACGCAAGUAAUGGUCAUGAACUAGGCCCUAUGUUGUUUCGAUCAGGAAACGGCUCCAGCGUACUAUGUACCCCAAUUAUUGACUUAGGCGAAAUUUACAGCGAUGACAUCGGAUGGAAACAUUUAGAGGUUAUCCUUGACGCCUAUAUUCAGGCCAUUGAUGGUGGGAAGAUUAGCACUAUGGAGCCUACAUAUAUCCCACAGUCUGUCCAUGGCGAGGGGGACGAGGAUGAUGAUGAUGAUGAUGAUGAUGAUGAUGAUGAUGAUGAUGAUGAUGAUGAUGAUGACGACGAAUCUCGUCGCUUUCCUGUCGCUGUGGCUCCGGCGACAGAACCAUGCGAAUGCCAAAAGCCUAAGCCCACGGAAAGCAAGAUUUCCCCCCUCCCGUGGCCGGAUGCUAAAGCCCUAGAUCCCAUCAGUCAAUUUCCCCGGGGCUGUUUUGCUUUUGGUUUUCUUAAGGCCAUCACCACUCACUCGGUCAGCUUUCACUAA